AUGGCGACCCGUCCUCUAGAGGGAGCGCCUGUCUCAUCCUUUGAUGGAUGUUUGCUGCUGCAGGCCCUCAGUGAGGCGCUGCGUCGGUUGAGUUCUGCUGCCUUCGUGCGGAGGGAAACUGCACAAAAAAUAUUCACCAUUGCCAAGCAGGAGUUGCUGCGGUUGGUGCUGCAGCGCAGCAGCAGUCUUCCUUCCUUAGCAAUAAAUUCGCAUCUUGCGGUGUAUAGACACUCCAACAUAGGAGCAGCAGCAGCAGCAGCAACAGCAGCAGAUGAUUGGGCAGAUAAUACAUGGCUAUUUGUGCUGCGUGAUCCCCUUAUUGGUAUUAUUCCUGCUGCUGCUGCUGCUAACAACGGCAGCAGCAGCAGCAGCAGCAGCAGCGCAGCACAAAGGAAUAAGAGCGCAAUAGCACAGGCAGAGUCGCUGCUGCUGGAGCUAAGGAAGCAGCAACUGCAGCACGAAGCAGGGCAGCAGCAGCAGCAGCAAUUAAUGCAAGAAGCAGAAGAAGACCCAUCAGAGUUAUUGGGCAUUGAUGCAGAUUUUAUGUUGGAUGGUCCUGGCAGCAGCAGCAGCAGCAGCAGCAUGAGCAGCAGCAGCAGCAACAUCAGCAGCAACAACAGGAGCAGCAAGAUCCCUCGUUUACAGGCAGGAGGAGCAGCAGGAGAAAUAGGUGACCGUCAAUACAUACAGCAGCAGCAGCAGCAGCAGCAGCAGCACCUCCACCUACAUCAUCAUCAUCAGCAUCAGCAUCAGCAGCAGCAGCAGCAGCAGCAGCAGCAGCAGCAGCAGCAGAUAUCAUUAGAGGGUAUAGAGGUAUUUAGAUAUAAAGGGUUUGUAAGAGCUUGGCUACAAGAUAAGAAUGCAUUUGCUGAUGUACUGCAGCAGCAGCAGCAGCACCGCAGCAGAUUAGAGGAAAGAAAAAGGAAGAUAGGUGUUGAUUAG